AUGAUGCAAACGCGGCAAAGCUUAAUGUCCCCACCUGCCGGAGUGGUGGUCGGAGAUCUUGUACGCCGGAUCGGAACCAAAAAGAAGAAGAAAAUUCAUAUGCAGAUGGGGAGGGAUGUUGCAGGUUUACGCACUGACAAGAAACCCAACGCUGUCAAUGCCAAGUCAAAUGGUACCUUUCAUGGUGUAGUUCACGUUGCCCCUAAAGUUGUAUCUGAAAUAGAUGAAACAAAGGACUACGAGGCGGAGGAUCAUGUUGCAAAAGGCUCACCUGCUGAUGGACAUAAUGAGAAGCAAGAUGUACUAGGUGUCAAAAGCAUAAAUAAUCAGCCCGAGGCUCAGAUGUCAAGUGAUAAAAAUUUGAGCUCACCAGUUAAGCAGGCAUCAGUGUCUGCUGUUAAUGGGACAAUGAAUAUGAAUUCUUUGGCGGCGCUGACACCUGGUUUUGAGUCUGGGAAACGACUUUCAUUUCCAAACCAUGCCAAUGGGAUUGAAACAGUUGAUUCUGGUUUAAAAUAUCUAUCAAAGACUAGUAAUUUGCAUUCCCCCCAAACCGUGAAAAAUUCUCUAACGAACUCUCCUACUGUGUCAAGCAAGACGCUGCAUACUAGUGUUAAGAAAUAUCAUGACGACGAUGAUAAUUGGUCCUUGGCUUCCUCUACUGCAACAUCUGUACGUAGUAAAUCCAGAGUUACAGUUCCGAUGGCUCCAACAUUUAAAUGUAUGGAGCGUUUAGAGAGACGCAAGGAGUUUUACACUAAGUUGGAGGAAAAACAUAAAGCGUUGGAGCAAGAGAAACUUGAAUAUGAAUCAAGAACCAAGGAAGAAGAAGCAGCAGCUAUAAAGCAGCUUAGAAAGAACAUGGCAUAUAAAGCAAAUCCAGUUCCUAAUUUUUAUCGUGAAGGGCCUCCCCCAAAGGUUGAACUUAAGAAGCUGCCAGUGACCCGUGCCAAAUCACCAAAUCUAAACCGGAGAAAGAGCUGCAGUGAUGCAGUGAAAUCAUCUCCAGUUGAAAAGGGAACUUGUGCACGAACAACUCGUCACAGCAUAGGUGUUUUCAAAGAAAGCAAACCCUCUCCAACAAGCACAAUUCCCAAAAGCAAGAGUCGGGUUGGUGUUUGCAAUGUAAAUGCAACGAGCAAAGUCAAGGGUCGUCCACAACAAAUGAAAGUGAAUGCAGAAAAUUCCCACGCCACGGAUAAGGGGAAUGCCAAUAUUGGUGUUGAGUCAUGA